UCUUGCUGCAGGUAUAUUCGCUCAGAGCGCUCUGUCAUUCUUAUCAACUUCUGCUUAUCCAUCAUCUCCUCCAACGCUCUCAUCCUGAUCGGACAGACCCAGACCCGGAAUAAGGUGAUUUGCACGCUGGUGGCGGCUUUCUUGCACUUCUUCUUCCUCUCCUCUUUCUGCUGGGUGCUGACCGAGGCUUGGCAGUCCUACAUGGCCGUGACGGGCCGGUUACGGAACCGCAUCAUCCGCAAGCGCUUCUUGUGUCUCGGAUGGGGGCUCCCCGCCUUGGUGGUUGCCAUUUCUGUGGGAUUUACUAAAGCCAAGGGGUACGGCACCAUCAACUACUGCUGGCUGUCGUUAGAGGGAGGUCUCCUCUACGCCUUCGUGGGACCAGCGGCUGCUGUCGUUUUGGUGAACAUGGUUAUUGGCAUUCUGGUUUUUAACAAACUUGUAUCCAAAGAUGGAAUAACAGAUAAGAAACUGAAGGAACGGGCAGGUCAGAUGGCAGUGCCCCUUUACGGCAUGACGCUCAAAUGUUCCAAGUGUGGAGUAGUUUCUUCUGCUGAAGUUUCGGCCACAGCCACCAGUAACGCCAUGGCAUCCCUUUGGAGCUCCUGCGUGGUCCUACCUCUCCUGGCUCUCACCUGGAUGUCCGCAGUUCUGGCAAUCACAGAUCGGCGGUCAGCACUCUUCCAGAUACUUUUUGCUGUCUUUGACUCAUUGGAGGGCUUUGUCAUCGUGAUGGUCCAUUGCAUCCUAAGGCGGGAGGUCCAGGAUGCUGUGAAGUGCCGAGUAGUGGAUCGUCAGGAAGAGGGCAAUGGAGACUCCGGGGGGUCAUUUCAGAAUGGACACGCUCAGCUAAUGACCGAUUUUGAGAAGGACGUGGAUAUGGCUUGUAGAUCAGGUGAGCACAUCACAGUGCUGAAUAAAGACAUCACCACCUGCAGGACCUCAACCAUCACAGGAACACUGAAGCGUCCAUCACUGCCAGAUGAAGAGAAAUUGAAACUCAAUCACCAGAAGGGGUCAUCAAACUUUAACAGUCUUCCAGCCAACGUCUCCAAGAUGCAUCUUCAGGGCUCACCACACUACUUGGGGGCCAUCAACCUGAAUGAGUUCAGCAAUCACAGUCUCACUCUGAAGAAGGAUAAGAACCAACCACCUAAGUCCAUCUACAUCUGUGAUGGAGACAUCUUCAAGAAGUUGGACUCCGAACUCUCCCGGGCACAAGAGCAAACGCUGGACACCAGCUACGUCAUUCUGCCUACCAACACGUCUACCUUAAGGGCCAAACCACCCAAAGAUGAGAGCAAAUACAGCAUCAAUAUUGACCAGAUGCCCCAGACACGGCUCAUCCACCUCAGUAUGGCUACUGAUCCAGGCUUUGUUGUCAAGAGUCCUCCACGGGAGCCUGUGACCAUGACAUGCAGUGAAGUGCAAGGUUCCCCCAUGAUACAACAGCAGCAGCAGCUGGCUCCACAAAAUAUCUCCAACGAGUCACAGAUUCCCAACAGCCUGUGUGACACAGGUGACUCAGGGAACUCAGGUGUGGUGUCCAAGAGUGAGACUGUCUCCACCCUCUCCAUGAGCUCCUUAGAGAGGCGGAAAUCCCGGUACGCAGAGCUAGAUUUUGAGAAAAUCAUGCACACAAGAAAACGUCACCAAGACAUGUUCCAAGACCUGAACAGAAAACUCCAGCACGCAGAGAAGGAGAAGGAGUCUCCAACAACGGACAGCAAGGUUAUAAAACGAUGGAGUAUUUCUUCUGGUGGAAGUGAUAAAACUAACGUUAGCCAUCAUAUAGCAGAAGGGACGUCCUUCUGCUAG